UCCAGACGCGCCUAAAAGGAAACAAGACGCUGUGGCUGAAGUUUGUGUUCAUAUUUCUCUUAACGUUACCAGUUUCCACACACUGACAGGUGACUAAAUGGACUAUUAACACAACUGUAACAUAAUUGGCUGGACUGUUGUACCAUUAAUCCUUAACUAAUGGUUGAAGGAUGACAAGAGGACCGAAGUUCAAACAUCCACUCUGCUGACCUCUCCUUGAGCAAGUCACUGAAUUUUUACUAGCUCUAGGGCGCUGCACUGUAGCUGAUCUCUGACAUCAGUUGGAGGUGUACAAAUGAUGAACAAGUUGCCCUAUGGGUGCAAUAAAAGGUCACAUAUAAGUGGUUCGUAAGGUCUUGAGGAUGAGGAAGUGGGGAGACCGAGUGAAAAAGGUUGAGCAGCUUGCUCAGUCGUUCCAGCUGAAUCCUCUGGCCUCACCCUACAAACCUCGACUGUGGCCGUGUCAGCCUUCCUCCAUCUGGAAGCUCUUCCCUCGUCAAAUUAUGGCUUUCAGCUUUGCUCAGAGCUGCAAAGAGGCUGUACAUGUUUUUGCGCUUGAGAAAGAAAAGACCCCCCUUGGUCAAAGGAUGUACCUGGUUACCAGUUACAGUGAGCUGUGGCAUUACUACAGGACUUACACACAGUCCUUGAUGCACUGCUAUGAGGUGAUACCAGAGGGCGCUGUUUGUAAGCUUUACUUUGACUUGGAGUUCCACAAACCCUCAAACAAAGGAGCUGAUGGGAAAACUAUGGUGUCUUCACUUAUCCAGUACGUUUGUGACAAGCUAAUGGACAUUUAUGGGAUUCAGUGCUCCACAAACAAUGUCCUCAAUCUCGACUCCAGCACAGAAGAGAAGUUCAGUCGACAUCUCAUCUUCAAUCUCCAGAAUGCAGCUUUCAAAGACAACAUACAUGUGGGUAGAUUUAUCCAUGCAAUUCUUCAACCAGUUCUGAGCACACCCAAAAAUGGUAGUGUCCUGAAUGUUGGGAUGAAUUCAGUGGCAGAGAACAGUGAAACACGCAGAACGCAUGCUGUUUCUGAGGGGAAGCCGGCACAGGCAGGUGAGAUGGCUGAGAGUCCACAGACCAAGAGGCGCAAGCAGGAAGAGAGAGACCUCAGGUUCCUCAAGGUGAAAAACAAGGAUGGCCAAGACUGUCUCUUUGUCGAUCUUGGUGUUUACACCAAGAACCGCAAUUUCCGACUUUACAAGUCAUCAAAAGUUGGAAAGAACGCUGCAUUCACGGUGGCAGACAACAACAAGUUUAUUGCCAAACCUGAAAAGGGAAUUUCCGAGGAGGAAAGUGUAUUCUUGGCUUCCUUAAUCUGUAAUGUGAGUUUCACAGGUCAAAGGAUUCUAACGUGGGACAUCCCAGAAACAAAGGAAUCCAAAACCUCAACGCUACUUGGCCAGCAGGGGUCAGCCUCAAAUGCAGACUCACUUAAUGGCUGCCUGUCGUCCCCUCAUCAAGAAGUGGACAACUUUGUAUUAACUGUGGUUACAAAGGAUGGCGUACAUGGAAGCAUCAGACGAUGGAACUACUUUGCUGCUGAACAACUGCUUGUCUACGACAUCGCAAAAUACCGCUGGUGUGAAAAUGUGGAAAGGUUUCAUAAAAGCAACAACAUCAUGAUUGUUGUGGAUCUCAAAGAGGAAGUGUGGUACCAGAAGUGUCACGAUCCUGAAUGCAAGAACUUCCGGUCCUCAAGUUACCCACUGCCACAGGAGAUCUGUGUCAGCUACAUCAUGAAACUGGAUGAGGAAGACCAGGCUUACUUAAUGGACGACGCUGGCAACAUUGAACCCAGCCAUGCACCAAACCAGGCCCGUCAAAGCACAUUGUGUCCAGAGGAGGAAUCUGCUGAUGUGUGGGGAGACGGACAGGAUGACCAAGAGUAUUUAGAGAGCCUGGACGAAUUUGAACAAAACAGCGGAGAUAUCUCUGAUCAACUUCUGCUGAAAUGUAUGGAAGAUUUUGAUUCCCACUAGAGGGUGAGAUUUAUUUUAUUUUGCCUGGCUGUACAGCUUUAAAGAUUCUGGUAACACUUCCAAGUCCUCCCUCCGAUUUAGCAUUUAAAAGCAUUAUAAACAAUGUAAAAAUGGUGUAUAACACCCUAGAAUGUAGUUGUAAGUGUUUAUUAUUGUAUUUGUCAACCACUGUAACUUAACUCUUCCUGUGGGCACCCAUCAGUGAAGGCUGCUGUAUUAUCAGAUUGUGUAUUAUAAUAUAGUAAAACACACUUGAAAUAUAGUAUAGAAAUAUAAAGUUGUUGACAAUUACUGUACAAUAAUAAACACUUAAAAUGGCAUAUUUGCUUAUACUACAUUAGUGUUAUAAACUAUUUAAUAAAAUGUGUUGCCAAAAUAUAUGGAUUAAUGCACUUUAACAAUUAGAAUGGAACAAAAAGGUUUCUAGCAACAAAAAUAUUUAGAAAUCAUUUAUGCCCUUUCAGGAAUCCAUCAAAAUAUGUUUCUCCAUUCCAAAAGACAAACUGUAUACCACAAUUUUGGAGGAAAGUUUAUUUGGUACAGUUGAUAAAUAAAGAUACUGUACAUAUAACUCCAGCACAAAACUGCACCUUUGCCCUUUUCACAUCAUAAGAGUCUUAAAAAAAACAACAAUAUGGCUUAAACUGUCAACGAGGCCUCGACAUGAUUAAAUGUGUCCAAUGACCAUAAAAAAAUGUGAAUUCACAACACGUUUUUUGUGAAACAUCUGAAAUGCUGCUCUGUUACACACAAGACUCUUAGUUUCAUGGACCAUCAGGGAAAGGUUAAUUUGACAUGCUGACGAGGACGUGGAAUUACUUUUGAAAAACCGGCUUCUUAAAAUGAACAGUGAUACUAGCGAGCCAAAUAAAUACCCUGAAGACGUGUGCAUCAUACAAAUGACCGUAUGUAGAUUUAUCCUGCAACCAAUGGCACUGAAACAUGAAAAAGGAAAAAAGGCAUGUACAUUGUCGUAACAUUUGAGAUUUUCCAUGCAGAAACAAAAACAACCAAAUGGCACAAACGGUCUGUCAAGCAACAAGAUUCCUAAUAGGCCAUCAUCUACAUUGCGCACCAAAACCGGUUUAUCAGUCCUUUUAGCAUACAGCAUCGAGAAACAUGGGAAUGCAGGUAAUUAUAACUACAGCGCAUCAGGCUUGACACUUUGCAUACAAAUAGACUUUUCAGCAGAUACACUAUUUACAGGUUUAAUGGUUACAUUAAAUAUCAACUUAAAUAGAACCAAAACAUUAAAUAGUCUGGUAUAUAAAUACUUUGUCACUGUUGAAAAAGCAUGUUUAUAUGAUCUUUUGUGGUUACCAAGAAUAAAAAACACGCAGAAAUGUCUUCAGGGGCUGGACCUUUCUGACCAUGACAUAGUCAGAUUUGAUGGCAGUUAAGGCAUAAGAAGUCUCAUUUCCCCUUCGUUUUUAAACCCUUACUCUUGGAUAACUUAUACCGGUCACAUGAUGACAUGUUCCUGGAUAUUAUGAACUAAUAAGCCAGUGAUGGCAGGGUAAAUUUAGUGCUACAAUUGCUAGAUGAAGUGGGGACAAUACAUACGUCAAACUGAAAUUCAUUAUCCAGUUUGUUUGAAAGCAAUUCCCAAGAUUGUGAAUAUUGUUACUUGUAGAUAAAUUGAGGCAAAUAACCAUCAAUAAACUAUUUGGUUCUGGCUGUGUGCUCUAAAUGAUUGUCACGUUCCCUACAGUAUUCCUCGAUCCCAGUUUACAUCUUAAUUCCGGCAUAGAGUUCAUCAAUUUUCCCUAUGAAGCGGCUCCGAAGCUCAGCCCUCUUGGCCUUCAGGGUGGGUGUCAGUAAGCCGUUCUGGACAGAAAACAUCUCAGGAUGUAAUGCAAUAUCUCUCACCUGCAAAGAAAAAAAAAGCAAAGAAAAAUGAAUAACAAAGAAUAAAAAAACAUAUUUGAAGUAGGGCUGCAGCUGUUUUGUUAUUGAUUAUUUUCUUUCAGUUCAUAAAGUGUCCAAAAAUAGUGAAUAAUUAAUGCCCAUCACAAGAAUAGCAGCACAUUCUGACAUUUGAUUAUUGUAUAAUUUACAUUUGUCAAUUGGCAUAAUUGACUUUAGCAUUAAAUCAAAAUACCUUAAAGGGUAUCUUCAGUAAUUUUCAACAUGGAUCCUAAUUUGAUGAAAAAAUGUGUCAUUUGUUCAGUAUUGAGCAAAAUAGGGCUGCAACAUAAUUCUUGCGGGCAAUUGCACCCCAUCAAAGUACGGCCACUAAUGUGCUUGUUUUUGCCAAUGACAGGCUCAGAUUGUUAUUGUAAGUGUCUGACAAUAUGGAAAGGAUCCCUACAGAGAUAAACCUUUUUUAAAAGAGUGAGAUCAUUUUUGUUUAACCAGAAGCAGUCAUUUUAUCACUCUCGUCAAAGCCACCAGACUCCGUUGAUAAAAACAGUUUACCUCGCAAAAUACGGGAGUUGCUGUUGUACCGCUGCUUCGAUCGGUCAAAUUUGACGGGGCACAAUUGCCUGCAAGGAUUCUGUUGCACCCGUUUUGCUGCAGCCGACUGCAGCACGCUCGCUCAAUACUGUACCCAUUUUUAAAAACUGUCCCAAUUAGUCACAUAGGCACAAAAAACAUGUGAAAAUAGGGUCCAGGUUGCAAAAUACCAAACUUAUCCUUUAAAUAACAUAUUCAUUUUUUAAGUAGCUGGUGAUUUAUUCAGUCUGUGAAUUUAAACUGAUAAGUUUGCUAAAUAUUUCAGUUUAAUUUGAAGAUGAGAAAUAAAGAAUUAUUUAAUUAAAUGUGUUUUUGCACUUAAAGAAGUUGCUGAUGCCAGACCAAAGCAGCAGAAUGAAAAAUGCAGAACUUGAUAGAUAAACAGGUCAAACAUGGCAACAAUCACCUGCUCAAAUGACUUUAGUCCUGCCUCUUUGCCCAACCUCAGGAUGUCCUCCAGAAUGGCAUUCUUCACAUCCUAAAAACCAGUCAGAAAAAUAUUAUAUAUGCAUAGCAAGAAAGGCCGUGUGUUUGGGCUGCUAAUAGGCCUACUAAUGAAUCUCACCAUGUUAUUGCAAAGUUCAGCGUAUGAUCCUUCAAUCCCCUUUUUCUUGAUCCAAAUAGGUAAAAAGUCUGGAUCAGGUACCACUAUCCCCACCAGGCAUGCCUGAAAAAUACAACACGGAUAACAGGAAAAUCAGUGGCACACCAACCGUACUAAGCUAGAAACUACUGUGAAUAUCUGAGAUGUAGUGCUACAUCGUUAUCAUGUUACUUACCUGUAAGCUUUCACCGUAAACAAAUAUCUGGGCCACUGGAUCACUGAGAUUAUAGAUGGUUUCUAUUUUCUCGGGGGCGAUGUAUUCUCCUUGUGCCAGCUUGAAAAUGUGCUUCUUUCUGUCAGUGAUCUUCAGAGUGCCGUUCUGCAACAAACCAGGAGAACUUGAAAUUAAGGUUACAACUGAUGCUAAGCUACUAGACUUAAUACCCACAACAAUAAUCAAAGAUCAGUAGUGCCCUUCAGCCAGUUCUGCUUACAGGAAGCCAUUUCCCAAUGUCUCCUGUGUGCAGCCAUCCAUCCUGGUCGAGUGCCUCUGCUGUUUUCUCGGGAUCUUUCAGGUAUCCCAGGAAUACAUUUGGUCCUUUGACACAUACCUAGAAGGAGAGAUGAUAACAUGUAUUGUUAUGCUGGUGUUGUUGUCUGGCACACAGACCUUUCCACUGCAAUGUUAAAAAUUGUAUCCAUGCUAGUGGCAUGGUUUUAGGGGUGGCAAUGUUGGUCUGUUGAGAAAAAAAAUGUUAACAUCACGUACGCCACCAUGAGGUUGAUGUUUGUGGUUUUUAGUUAAAUGUCUUGAAAGCUGUUGAAAUCUAGUUCAGACAUUCAUGUCCCCCUCAAGGUAACAUUGCAAUCACUUCAAACCAAGUUAUAUUUUUGUCCAAUACUUUGCUGGUUAAUGACCAAAUACCUGCAAAACUAAAGACACUCCCAUCAGUCUCAGUUGUACUUUGUGUUUAGUGAUAAGUAGAAAAAGUGAGCAAGAUAAUAUGUAAAACUAAAGUGUCGAACAUGGUACACAUUAUACCUGCUGGACAUCCGCAUGUUAGCAUGCAGAGAGCAUUUAGCUCAAAGUACUGCUGUGCUAUGUACAUCUGCUAACAUGACAGUAGACUCUUAUUCAUUAACGUAAUUGAAACUUAACUCUGUCAUGUGUUACUUGUGUUUAUCAUGAUUUAAUCUGUAUAUAUACAUACAUACAUACAUACAUAGUAUUUCUUCUUUACAACUUGUUAAGCUGAAUAAAUGCUUAACCUAAUGAAACUGGAAAACGGUACAGUAAAUCCCUUAUUAUAGUGUAGUGUGGGUUGGAAAACCCACUUGACAACAGAGGACUUACUUAGACUUAUAAACUCAGCAUAAAACAGUUGGAAUAAAGCAAAUAAAUACAUUUCCACACCCA